CAUCUGGCUGCGCCUAGUGGGCCGUUGCCUUACAGUUUCUGAGAGGAGGCGAGAGGCGGGGACGCUGGGGGCAAGAUCAUGUCUGACUGGGAGAGGUUUCCUUGGCAGCAGAGGACGCUAGGUUUGGGAUGAAAGAAGCUGGGCAGAUGCAAAAUCUGGAGAGCGCGAGGGCCGGGCGGUCAGUCAGCACCCAGACUGGCAGCAUGACCGGUCAGAUACCAAGGCUUUCUAAAGUCAACCUUUUCACUCUGCUCAGCCUCUGGAUGGAGCUCUUCCCAGCAGUAGAAGACCAGCGGCAAAAAUCUCAGAAAAAUGAAGAGGGAAAGCAUGGACCCUUAGGAGAUAAUGAAGAGAUGACCAGAGUAUCUACUGACAAAAGACAGGUAAAGAGAACUGGUCUUGUGGUGGUGAAAAACAUGAAAAUUGUUGGUCUCCACUGUUCUAGUGAAGAUUUACAUGCCGGGCAGAUUGCUCUUAUUAAACAUGGGUCAAGGCUGAAAAACUGUGAUCUUUAUUUUUCCAGAAAACCAUGUUCUGCUUGUUUGAAAAUGAUUGUAAAUGCUGGAGUUAACCGAAUUUCAUAUUGGCCUGCUGAUCCAGAAAUAAGUUUGCUUACGGAGGCUUCUAGUUCUGAAGAUGCAAAGUUAGAUGCCAAAGCAGUGGAAAGAUUGAAGUCAAACAGUCGGGCCCAUGUGUGUGUCUUACUUCAACCUUUGGUGUGUUAUAUGGUGCAGUUUGUAGAGGAGACCUCUUACAAAUGUGACUUUAUUCAAAAAAUUACCAAAACAUUGCCGGAUGCUAACACUGACUUUUAUUAUGAAUGUAAACAAGAAAGAAUAAAAGAAUAUGAAAUGUUAUUUUUGGUUUCAAAUGAAGAAAUGCAUAAGCAAAUACUGAUGACUAUAGGUUUGGAGAACCUGUGUGAAAAUCCAUACUUUAGCAAUCUAAGGCAAAACAUGAAAGACCUUAUCCUACUUUUGGCCACAGUAGCUUCCAGUGUGCCGAACUUUAAACACUUUGGAUUUUACCGUAGCAAUCCAGAACAGAUUAAUGAAAUUCACAAUCAAAGUUUGCCACAGGAAAUUGCAAGGCACUGCAUGGUUCAGGCCAGGUUAUUGGCAUAUCGAACUGAGGAUCAUAAAACAGGAGUUGGGGCAGUCAUAUGGGCAGAAGGGAAAUCUAGAAGUUGUGAUGGAACAGGUGCCAUGUACUUCGUAGGAUGUGGUUACAAUGCUUUUCCUGUUGGAUCUGAGUAUGCUGACUUCCCACACAUGGAUGACAAGCAGAAAGACAGAGAAAUAAGGAAAUUCAGAUACAUCAUACAUGCGGAACAGAAUGCCUUGACAUUUAGGUGUCAAGAAAUAAAACCAGAAGAAAGAAGCAUGAUUUUUGUGACAAAGUGCCCAUGUGAUGAGUGUGUACCUUUAAUUAAAGGUGCAGGCAUAAAACAAAUCUAUGCAGGAGAUGUAGAUGUUGGAAAAAAGAAGGCAGACAUCUCUUACAUGAGGUUCGGGGAGCUUGAAGGUGUUAGCAAAUUUACAUGGCAGCUGAAUCCAUCAGGAGCUUAUGGUCUUGAACAAAAUGAGCCUGAAAGGAGAGAAAAUGGUGUGUUGAGACCUGUCCCACAGAAGGAAGAGCAGCACCAGGAGAAGAAGCUGCGCCUCGGAAUCCACUAAGAAGGCCUGUCUACACUGCAGGGGAACCUCAAGAACUUUUCAUUGCACUUCUAAAAUUCAGCCUUGUUCAUUCAGAAAAUAAGGAUGGAUUUUGUGAAUAAUUGAAAAGAUUUUUUAAGGAAGCUAAUUUAUUUCUAGGAUACAAAUGGUGUUAAUAAGAA